UCAGGGUCUCCUGUAUACUCGGUGGCCUGGAGCCCGGACUCUGAUAGGAUCCUGUACACGUCAUGCAGACUGCUGAUAAUCAGGCCCCUGCAACCCAGCGCCAAGGUCCAACAGUGGAAGUCCCAUGAUGGGACCAUUCUGAAGACGGACUGGAACUCUGCGAAUGACCUGAUACUGUCAAGUGGAGAGGACUGUAAAUACAAGGUGUGGAACAGCUAUGGUCGUCUGCUCUACACGUCCUCGUCACAUGACUACCCUGUGACCUCCAUGUCCUGGUCUCCGGAUGGGGAGGUGUUCGCAGUAGACUCCUUCAACAGCCUGCAUCUCUGUGACAAGCCCGGGUGGUCGUAUGUGUUGGAGAAGCCUAACACUGGUCAGCAGACGGCACGCAGCUCACACGGACCCUCACCAAGAGGAGGACCAUGCAGGUCGACAUGUGCAUGUUCCUGUGUGUGUGUGUGUGGGUGUGUGUGUGUGUGUGUUCCUAAACUGUCCCUCUCUCUCUCUCUCUCUCUCUCUCUAUCCAUCACCCAGGUAAGGAACGUGGUGAAUGAUGCGGGGGAUGUUCUGGAGUUCAGGGACCAGGUCACCAAAGCCUCUCCGGCCCACGGUCACCUAGUGGUCACCACCUCUCUCCAGUGCUACGCCUCCAGUGCUAAGAACUGGAACACACCUCUCAUUUUUGACCUGAAGGAGGGGACCGUCAGCCUCAUUAUACAGGCUGAGAGACACUUCCUGUUGGUGGAUGGGACGGGGGUCUAUGUGUUCUCCUACGAGGGCCGUCUCAUCUCCACGCCCAGAUUCCCCGGCAUGAGAACGGACAUCCUCAAUGCCCAGUCAGUCUCCCUUAGCAACGCCACCAUCGCCAUCCGGGACAAGAGCGAUGAGAAGGUCAUCUCUCUGUUUGGUGCCCUGACGGGGAAAGCCCUGGGUGAAGGGAAGCCCCUGACUGACAAGCUGGAUGGAGGUGGUGGAGAUAGCUGUGGCCCGUACAGCGAGAGGAAGAUCGCAGUCAUAGACAAGAACCGUGACCUGUACCUGACCGCUGUGCAUCGCAUCAACAGAGAACACAACAUCUGCAAGAUAGGUCCACACCAUGUCCUAAAUGACUCCGCUAACAUCCUGUGUGGUAUUCAGGACACACAGUUCACUGUGUGGCACUAUCCCGGUGCGGUCUUCACGGACCUGCUGGCUAAAACACUCUACAUGAAAGACGGCAGUGAGUUCAGCCGUGCGGCCCACAUCCUGAACUAUGUGGGGACCCAGGUGACGCUCGUUGGUGUACAGCAGCUUACCUACACCACUGUGCUGCAUGAGUACAGCGCCUCCUUUCGCUGGGAGGACGCACUGCGCCUUUGCCGCUUUGCCAAGGACCAGUUGCUGUGGGCGUGUCUCGCUGGCAUGGCAAUGGCCAAUAGGGAGAUGACGACAGUGGAGGUGGCCUACGCUGCCAUUGGAGAGGGCGUUGGAGCUGGCAGUAAAACAUAAGACCCAUGUGGACACAGUGCAGGCCUACAGCCUCCAAGUUCCUGCAGGACUUUAGCAAGAAAGAGACCAACAAGAGGUUCAUGCAGUACGCUGACAGGUGGAGGUGAACUGGGAAAAGAUCCAGGUUAAGGAGAGAGAAAAGGCUGCCAUCACCUCUGUCGGGAGCAGCUUGGCCUCUCGACUCUGACCCUUGACCCCACACCUCUGACCUCAUCCAGGGACCAAAUGUACAUAUUUUCAAGUCGUCAUUUAUCAAACAUGUUGAACUAGUUGACUGAUGCCAAGGCAGUGGCUGCUAAGGGAGCAACUGUGGACCAGAAGACUGCAGCGAAGGCAGCACUGGUCCACACCUGCCUUGGCUGUCAGAUGCAGACCAGAAGACAUUCAAGCAGAACUUUGAGAGCAAGCAUCCCAAGUCUCCAAUUAUCCCAAUACUGGUUGAUGUGCAGACCUAAGUGACCACACACUGAAAUGGACCUACAGCUUGGGUCAGAUUCUUCUAUCAUUCACACACAGUAGACAUAGUGUAAACCGCCAUGUUGUCAACAAAAGGCUGUCCUCAAUGCUUCAGUUGUAUUUGGUAUGGCUUAAUUUCUGGAAAUGCUGUGAUCACUCAUUGUCUUCAAUGUUGUGAUUCACAAACACACGAUUUGAAUGCUGCAACUGAGACGGCAUGAGGGACACACAGAGACCCUGUGUAUGACUGGAUAUUUGUGACAACGACCUAAAAGGGCUGCAGAAGCACACCAGCCCCCAUUUUGUUUAUUCCACAACCAAGCAUCCCUCUAGCUACCCCUUAUUCCACAGUGCCUUUUAUGCCCCAUGGUCCCUCAACAUCAGACAUUUUGGAACUCUCCAUCUUAUCUCUAUAAACCCACCCUAACUUCACCCAUUUUCUCUAUGCUGCUUCCUACAUUGGUUCUUCUCCUGAUUUGAUAACGUCUAAGUAAACAAAGUGUUGCGGUGCACUGUUUUUGUAACUUUUUUUUCACCAGUGUAAUACUGUCCUGCUUAUUUUGUGGUUCAGACUGAAUGCAGCGGUAAAUGUUCUGCUCACAACUGACAUCAGCAAUAUGGGCCUGUUACAUUGACAAGAAGGGUGUUGAUAUAGCUGCGUUCAGGCAUGGCUUCCUUGUUUUGAGUCUAUUGAGUGUGUUUCUCAUUCUGCUGGAGUUGACCUAGUAUUUUAUAAUAAACCUAUCUUACACAUUCA